AUAAUAAUGUCAACUCCCUGUCCAAGAUCCAACCUCUACGACUCACUUCCCAAACUCGAGACUUGGUACAGCUCAGAGGCAGUUGAAUAUGUUAUCCCCCAAAAGAAACCAUCCCAGAUGAAUCGAAAUGUCUCGUUUUCAACCGAGCCUCCCUCCGUACACUAUCUUGACGACCAGGAAGAAGAAGAAGAAGUUGUAUUAAAGGAACACCAAAGAGCUAUGAAUUCAAGUGUACGAUCUUUCCUAAAACAUUGUGCAAGAAAAUUCGGACACCACUCAUCCUCCUCUCGUAACGCCAUACGCCACCACGCCUAAUCAAAACACACAAAAGCAACCGCAAAUGCAAUCACAAUCGCAAUCGCAAACUCAAACUUAUUACUCUGACACAAAAUACUCAUACUAUUAUUAAUUUCCUUUAUAUAUACAUUAUACAUACAUUCACACACAAACACACACACACACAAUAUUCAUACAAGUAAUAAUCUUUAAUUCUAAUGUAAUUCUCUUUUUAAUUCUUACUCUUUACUCUUUACUCUUU